UAGUGCAUCAUACGUCAUCAAAACCGCGACGGCGGCGGCUGUUUGUGUUAAAACUAAAAGCGAAGGCGGUGAGUGAAAGAAAAUUGACGCUGUCAUAACACUAUGGAAAGAGUUUUGUGUGAAAGACACGGAAGUACCUGUUUGUUGAAAACUGGUGUAAAAGAAGGACCGAAUAAGGGGAAAAGUUUCUAUGUUUGCACUGCGCGUGAUGCAACGCCCUGCAAUUUUACACUGCCUACACAAAUCCCUGCAUCACACUGCCUUCAGCAUGAGGACUCCGUUGUUGAACUUCAAACACUAAUUUACAAUAAAAAACAGGACAAAUACAAGUUGUUUUAUCGCUGUAUGCUUGGAAAAACAGAGGGACAGAAAUGGUGCGGUUGUGUUCCAUGGAAAGAGAAGGAUCCUGAUCGACAAACUGAUUUGUUGGAAAAUCUUCAAUCCUCAAGUUUGACUCUGGUCAGGAACCCUUUCAAGGUCAAGAUAAAACAAGACAAGGCUUUAAAACUUAGAAGUGAUCCAGAUGCUGAAAAAGACAGAGGAGAGGUCAAUGAUGAAAAUAAACAUGCGAAUGUGCAGGAUAAUGAUAAAAAAAGAGAUGAGCGAACUGGGACAACAGAAAGAGAAGGGAAUAAUAAGAAAGGGCCUGCUGUUCAUAGUGACACAGAGAGAAGAGACUCUGCAGAUUCAGAGUCCUGGAGAAACAAGACGCUUCCCACUGGGAUGAAGAUAAAGAAGAGAGUGUCUGAUGAUGAAAAACCAAAGAGCGCAGCAGAGGAUGAGACAUGUCCCGAGAGUUCAAACCCUGUGAAGGAAAAUGAUAAAGGGCAGACUGAAUCUGAGAACAACCUCAAAGACCAGCAGGAGCAGAGUCCUAGAAAAACCGGCGGCUCUGCACAAAGCCCUUCAAAAAGCUCACCUGGACUUGACAAGAAAACCUCAAACAAGCAAAGCACUUCUAAUUCAAAAUCAGGUUCAGAUAAAACUCAAAGCCAGUCACCCUCUUGCUCGACGUCACAGAACGGGACAGUUUCUGAAAAGCCCACAGCACUUGAUGUUCAGAAGAUAGAACCAAAUCAGAGUAAGAAUAAGGACCAGAGUGGAAUAGCAUGCUUCGGUGAGUGGAGCGAUGAGGACGAUGAUGUUCUGGUGAUUUCGGUACAGCCUCCAUCACAGCAGAGUGCUCCAACUCCAGCUGUACCUGUUCAGAAAACAAUCACUUCGUACCCUGGUUUUCAGAUUGCUUCUAAAGUUCAGGGUCAGUCUGAAGACCCUAGAGCCCUCCACAGCCAGCUCAAAACCCAGCUCAAGCAGAAGAAGGCCACUCUUUCAGUGGUAAAUGUGUCUGCUCUGCCAGAUAAAGGGGAGCGUUUAAAGAGACAGGUGAAGGAUCUGGAAGAGGCUCUGGAGUCUUUGAGCCUGACUGCAGUUUCUGAGUCUCAAGAUAAAGACAGAGCAGAGGCAGAACAUAAAACCGCACACAGCUUUUCCAAUCCAUUCAGUUGUCCUGGAGGAACCAUUCUGCUGCCCACAGCUCCAGCUGCCAUGCUAAAGGAAUCCUCCAGUGCUUCACUGGGCCUGAACCUCAGCCAAGGCUACUCCCAGAUGUUUGGAGUGAAUCCUCAGAGCCAGGCUUUCUAUGGUGGCAGGAUGACUGAGAACAGACUGCUGGCUGUCCGCAAUGCCACCACUGAGGCCAUCGACCAUCUGCAUGACUCGCUGGAGUCCUGCCCCACAGAAAACACAGAAGCACACGAUCCCAAAGGACUCAAGGUGGAGCUGUUGCCUCAUCAGAAGAGAGCUCUGACCUGGCUGCUGUGGAGAGAGACACAGAAGCCAUGUGGAGGAAUUCUGGCUGAUGACAUGGGCCUGGGAAAGACCCUCACAAUGAUUGCCCUCAUUCUGUCUCAGAAAAAGAAGGAUGAGAAACUUGAGGAGUGGAUCUCUAAACAUGGUUCAUCCAUAGUGGCUUCCCAGGGGACGCUGAUCAUCUGUCCUGCUUCUCUGGUGCAUCACUGGAAGAAGGAGAUUGACAAGCGUGUGAAGAGCAGUCGUCUAACUGUGUAUUUGUACCACGGCCCCAAUCGACAGAGGAGUGCAAGUGUACUUGCUGAGCAUGAUGUAGUGAUCACUACUUAUAGCCUGGUCUCUAAGGAGAUUCCUGUGCAGAAGGAGGAUGCCGAGAAACCCUCUAAGGACUCUGAUCAUGUGGCUUCAGAUCUGCCUCCUCUUUUACGUGUAGCCUGGGCACGUGUGAUUCUCGAUGAGGCCCACAGCAUUAAGAACCCUAAAGUCCAGACGUCCAUGGCAGUGUGUAAGCUACGAGCCCGAUCCCGCUGGGCUGUUACUGGAACCCCCAUUCAGAACAACCUGCUGGACAUGUAUUCACUGCUCAAGUUUCUGAGGUGUUCUCCAUUUGAUGAGUAUAAACUGUGGAAGGCUCAGGUUGAUAAUGGCUCAAAAAGAGGAGGAGAGAGACUAAAUAUCCUUACUAGAGCUCUGCUGCUUCGCAGGACCAAAGAUCAGCUGGAUGCUACUGGAAAACCACUGGUGUCUCUGCCUGAUCGGACAUGUGAGAUUCACCGUUUGAAACUGUCUGAAGAUGAGCAGGCUGUAUAUGAUGUUGUGUUUGCACAAUCCAGGUCCACACUGCAAAACUAUCUUAAAAGACAUGAAGACGGAAACACUAAAAAGGGGGACACCAGUAAUCCUUUUGAGAAAGUUGCGCGCGAGUUUGGCAUGUCUCAGCAGGACUCUCAGUCUUCCUCUCAGCAGCCUCAGGCCUCCAGCACCAUUCACAUCCUGUCACUGCUGCUGCGACUCAGACAGUGCUGCUGUCACCUGUCUCUGCUCAAGAAGACUCUGGAUCAGUCGGAGCUGCAGGGUGACGGUGUGGCUCUGUCUCUAGAAGAGCAACUGUGUGCUCUGUCUCUGUCUGAACCCUCAGACUCUGAGAAUAAAGACACUGUUUCCCUCAACGGCAGCCACUUCUCCUCUGAGCUCUUCCAGGACACUCGUGAAAGCACUAAGAUUUCAUCCAUUCUGACAGAAUUGAAAGAAAUUAGAAAAAAAGAUCAAAAAAGUGUGAUUGUGUCUCAGUGGACCAGCAUGCUGAAAAUUGUUGCCGUUCACUUAGAGAAAAUGGGUCUGAAGUUUGCAGUAAUUGAUGGCACCGUCAAUCCCAAACGCAGAAUGGAUCUAGUAGAGGAGUUCAACACAAACCCUAAAGGACCUCAGGUGAUGCUGGUGUCUCUGUGUGCUGGAGGUGUAGGAAUCAAUCUGAUUGGCGGAAAUCAUCUGUUUUUAAUCGACAUGCACUGGAAUCCAGCUCUGGAGGAUCAGGCCUGUGAUCGGAUUUAUAGGGUGGGACAAUCUAAAGAUGUUACAAUUCACAGGUUUGUGUGUGACGGUACAGUGGAAGACAAGAUCUCUUCUCUCCAGGAAAAGAAGAAAGAGCUGGCUCAGAAAGUCUUGUCCGGAACUGGAUCUUCAUUCACUAAACUGUCUCUAGCAGAUCUCCGGGUCAUCUUUGGUGUGUGAUGUGCAUUUUAUUUCAUAAAGGACAUAUUACUCUGUAGUCAUUGUUUUGUUGUGUUUAUCUCUCUGUCUCUCGUAUUGUAUUUCUAGGAAAAUGUCAUGAAAAGCAAAUAUUGUUGCAUGUUCAAACAAAAUAAAUAGAAAGUGUGUCACUA